AAACUCUCAAACUAUUAGGACAAUCUUGGAGCAGCAGUGAUUUGGAUCCUGAGCUGAGUUUACUUUUGUUUCUAAAAUAAUUCGCGUUUGUUAUUAGAACAUAUCAGUGAAGUGAAAACAUUUAAAAGUGUAGUCGCCUAUUCAUACGGCUCUCCAAUAUAUUGAAACAAUUAUUUCCUGGUUGUUGGGGAAGUGACUCAUUGGUUUUACUGGGGACUACUUCUUCUGUGGAUUCUUUCUCGGUAAACAUUUUGAUUCAUCUAGUAGUUGUGGGUGUCGGCCAUUAUCGAACAAGUGGACAGUGUCUUGUGUGAAGGUGUUAUUGUUAUAUUUCUAGUGUUAUCACCUCGUUUUGUCCCGCAGUGCGUUGGUGUACAUCUAGCCUAGUGCAAGAUGAGUUACCAAAUGCAGUCUGCACAAUCCAGAAACAUGAACUAUCAAGGCAGCGGGGGGCCAGGCGACCUGCCAAUGAGCUCGGGCAAGGAGCAAACGCUGCUCUGGCAGCAGGGCAACUACCUGGGCGACUCGGGCAUCCACUCAGGCGCCACCACCCAGGCGCCCUCCCUCACCGGCAAGGAGGACGACAUGGACGGCGAUCAGCUCAUCUUCGACCUCGACCAGGGAUUCGCCCAGGGCUUCACUCAGGAUCAGGUCGAUGAAAUGAACCAGCAACUGUCGCAGACGCGUUCGCAGCGCGUGCGUGCGGCCAUGUUCCCGGAGACCCUGGAGGAGGGCAUCGAGAUCCCGUCGACGCAGUUCGACCAAGGCCAGCCGACCGCCGUGCAGCGCCUCUCAGAGCCCAGUCAGAUGCUCAAGCACGCCGUCGUCAAUCUCAUCAACUAUCAGGAUGAUGCUGAUCUAGCGACGCGUGCCAUUCCCGAGCUGAUCAAACUGCUGAACGACGAGGAUCAGGUGGUGGUCUCCCAGGCGGCCAUGAUGGUGCACCAGCUCUCCAAGAAGGAGGCCUCCCGUCAUGCCAUCAUGAACAGUCCACAGCAGCAGAUGGUAGCUGCCCUGGUGCGAGCGAUCUCGAACAGCAACGACCUGGAAACGACGAAGGGUGCAGUGGGAACGCUGCACAACUUGUCGCACCAUCGCCAGGGACUGCUGGCCAUCUUCAAGAGUGGCGGCAUUCCGGCGCUUGUCAAACUGCUCAGCUCGCCGGUAGAGUCGGUGCUGUUCUACGCGAUCACGACGCUGCACAACCUGCUGCUGCACCAGGAAGGCUCCAAGAUGGCGGUGCGACUGGCCGGCGGACUGCAGAAGAUGGUUGCCCUGUUGCAGCGCAACAACGUCAAGUUCCUGGCCAUCGUCACCGACUGCCUGCAAAUCCUCGCUUAUGGCAACCAGGAGAGCAAGCUCAUCAUCCUCGCCUCGCAGGGUCCCGUCGAGCUGGUGCGUAUCAUGCGCUCCUACGACUACGAGAAGCUCUUGUGGACUACGUCGCGCGUACUCAAAGUUUUGUCGGUAUGCUCUAGCAACAAGCCAGCCAUAGUGGAGGCUGGAGGCAUGCAGGCUCUGGCCAUGCACCUGGGCCACCCCAGCCAGCGGCUCGUCCAGAACUGCCUCUGGACGCUUAGGAAUCUGUCUGAUGCUGGAACCAAGGUGGACGGCCUGGAAGGCCUGCUGCAGUCUUUGGUUCGGCUGCUGGCGUCGAGUGAUGUGAACGUGGUGACGUGUGCGGCGGGCAUCCUCUCCAACCUGACCUGCAACAACCAGCGCAACAAGGUGACCGUCUGCCAGGUGGGCGGCGUCGAUGCCCUCGUUCACACCAUUGUCAACGCCGGUGACCGCGAGGAGAUCACCGAGCCUGCUGUUUGCGCACUCCGGCACCUGACGUCGCGUCACGUGGAUUGCGAGAUGGCGCAGAACGCAGUGCGCAUGCAGCUGUAUGGCAUGCAGGUGAUAGUGAAGCUGCUGCACCCGCCGUCACGCUGGCCCCUCAUCAAGGCCGUCAUCGGCCUCAUUCGCAACCUGGCCCUCUGUCAGGCCAACCAUGCCCCGUUACGUGAACAUGGCGCCAUUCACCAUCUCGUGCGUCUGCUCAUGCGCGCCUUCCAGGACUCGCAGCGGCAGCGUUCGAGCGUGGCGUCGAGCGGCUCGCAGCCAGCGGGUGGGACCGGGUCGAGCGUGUACGCAGACGGGGUGCGCAUGGAGGAGAUAGUGGAGGGCACAGUGGGUGCGCUGCACAUAUUGGCGCACGAGUCACACAACCGGCAGAUCAUCCGCAGCCAGCACGUGAUCCCCAUCUUCGUGCAGCUGCUGUUCAACGAGAUCGAGAACAUCCAGCGGGUGGCGGCCGGAGUGCUGUGUGAACUGGCCACCGACAAGGAGGGCGCCGAGAUGAUCGAGCAGGAGGGCGCCACUGCGCCGCUCACCGAGCUCCUGCAUUCCAGGAACGAGGGUGUUGCUACUUACGCAGCUGCGGUUCUGUUCCGCAUGUCUGAGGACAAGCCGCAGGAUUACAAGAAGCGCUUGUCAAUGGAGCUGACCAACUCGCUAUUCAGAGAAGACCAGAACCCGUGGACUGGCGGUGAUCUGGGAAUGGGUCCUGAUCUACAGGAUAUGCUUGGUCCUGAGCAAGGCUAUGAUGCAAUGUAUACGCAAGGCCCACCUAGUGUACAUAGUAGCCACGGAGGCCGUCAGUAUCAGCCAGGUUAUGACCAGAUACCAGUAGACUCAAUGCAAGGUCUAGAUCUGGGCUCGCAGCAUGACUCCAACUACAGUCCUAUGGAGGUGGGCGCCGAUCUCGAUUUCGAUCAUCUCGAUGAACUCCCCCAACCACCGCAAGACAAUAACCAGGUUGCUGCCUGGUAUGACACUGAUCUAUAAACAGUACCUCCUACUACUCAUGAUAUCCCCCUACUAAACACAGUACAGCAACAGCGCCUGGUAUCACCACUCAACACACCACUUUGACAUCGCCUGGCAUCAACGACUAAAAACAGUACAGUAACAGCGCCGGCACCCAUCUCUGAAACGAUAUUCUCAUAAAACAACUGAUAUUUGAAGUAGGUUUACUAUGCUUAUUCAGUUUUCUUGAGAUGGAUAAUAUUUGAAGCUAUUUUCAUACUUUAAUGCUGGGUUUCAUCAAGGGACAUCAAUUAUUGAGAUUAGCACAAUGCUAAAAAGGUAUGAUCAAUUGAUCCAGUUUAGUUGAUCCUGGUUGGUGUAAUCCAGCUUUAGAUUUCUAUGGCUGAUACUCUCAAUAAGAUAAAUGGAAGUUAGGUUUAAAAUUAUUUUUUACAACGUAUGAGGUUUGGACAACACAAACAUUUGUUGCAUAAAUUGACUCAGGUUCGUGUUUUGACUUUCUCGUCAAUGAGGUACAUUGUUUUCAACAACCGUUGAUUACACUGAAACAAUAAAUGUUUUUCUUGAAAUUUCAAGCACUAAUAUAUCAUUUUUUGUUUAUACUUCUGAUUUAAUCAAAUAUUGUUUCAUGUAGAUUUCAUCAGUAUACAAACAAAUAAUUAUUAUAAAUGAUAAUUUCUAGUUGAACUAGCCAAUAGGGUCCAUAUGAUGGCUAUUCGUGUUGGGUAAGAGUAAAUAAAUAAAUAAUAAGUUCGUACUUAACUUAUCAGUGCAUUGUGGGAAAUUGAUAUUUCUUUCCCUGGUUCUACCUGAAAAAACACUAUCAUCGAUAUUAAUGCUUUAAGGUACUUUAUCUUGAACAAAUAGAAAUGUUCGCAAAACUGAUAUUGUAUUCUGUAUUAUUAUUAUUAUUUGGCUAAUCUGUCGAAUCUAAGUGCACAUGGCAUUUCAGGGUACUAGAACAAUUAUAUAAUGAAUUUGGUGCACUAUUCGUAUCAUCAGUUGAUUCUAUUUAUUAGUACUAAUAGAAUUUCAGUUUUGUGUUUAAGUAUCAAAGUAUUACAUAACAAAACGUUACAACAAUUAUAAAAUAAUAGUCUAAAGGAUUAAUGUUUGCCAACCCUUCAGAAUUGUGUAUUUAAUAUAUUACCUUACUGUAAAAUAUUGAGUAUUGAAUACUCUAAAAACAUCAAUGUUAUAAAAAAGGUUAGUGAAUUUAUAACGUUACAUUAGAAAUAGACCUGGUUAUUGUCUUGAAAUGUUUCCGAAUGGUAUUUAAUACUAAAUCGAGUUGUGUCUAAUAUUCUAGUAUUGUAUACUCACAUUCCUUUUUGGAAAAAUGUUUGACUGCAAGUUUCCAAAUAAAUUAAUAGAUGAUCGUCAACUAUUUAUCAUUUUGAUUUAGAUUUUAUCAAUGAAAUGGCUUCGGACAGAAGAUUUGUCCAAUUUUCCAAUAAUAUACCCUCCAUUCGACCCUCUAACAUUUUUACAUGUUCGAUUUAUAUUUAUUUUUCUGUUCAUCAAAACUCAUUGCAAUCAAUAUUGAUUGAUUAAUAUAAAAACAUUUAAAAAAAUAAAAUUCAAGCAAUAAUUAAUAAAAUUAACUCCUAUAAUAAUACAUUAAUGAUUAUUAUACGAACUAUGACUGGUCACACAGAAAUAUUUUCCUGGGACCAGUUCAAAAAGAAGAAAUUCAAACCUUGAAAUACUGUCUAAAGAGUAAGCGCAUUUGAUUCAACAUUAAUAAGAUUGCAUUGUGAGUUAUCAUUAUGAAAUUGCAUGCAUGUAACUAACAUAACAUUUAGUUGCAGGGAUCUCCUUAGUUAGUUUUUAAUCUGUUGAAAAUAAUUAAUUGGUAGAAAAUUUCUCUCUUAACAUUUUAUACGUUCAUAUGUGUGUAACUGUAAAUAUAGCUACAACAGUCCGAGGUGCAAAUUCAUGAAAAGUAAAUUCAUGCAAGUAGAUCUUGCAAAAGGGUUUUAUUCACUUAAUGUUAAUUACUUCUAUUGAUCUAUGAUAGUGGAUAGUCUGAAGAAAAUAAUUAUUAUGUAUUAGGUGUAAUUGUUAAUGUGAUAGUUCAUUUUUUUCAUUCAUAUUAUAAAUUCAACUACGGUGUAUACACUUGACUUAUAUUGAGUGUGAACUCUUUUAUUAUUAUGUAAGAUAAAUUAUUAUUCUAGUGCAGUAAUGUCAUGUAACGUUUUUUAAUAAAAUAUUAGAAAUUCAUUCAUA